UUUAAAUAUACAUAUUGUUCGCUAAUAACUCUCUUUUGGAUGUUGCGUUACUCUGUCUGAAGUUGACUGCUUGGCAUCCGAGGAACAAUUUAUAAAGUUGAAAGUUUUCUUGAGUCGGUUUUACUUCAGUUACGUACGUUUUGUAAAAUGGUUAAUCAGAAGUGUGUGAAUUGUGACUGAAUGUACGUAUCCAAAUGCAUGUGGAUAUGUUUGUUAAUAUUUGCAGUUUAGUUUCCGGAAUUAGUUAUUAGUUACUCAGAGAGUGGUAUUUAUACUGAAAUCUCGUAUAUAAGCUAGGCUUAGCUGUUUACCUACGCAAGUUGUUGCCGCUUAAGCGGUAAAAAUAUUCUUCCCAGACAUAUGUCAUUGAAUCACAGUGAGCCUUCCCGCUUGACACCAUGUUCGUGUGACUGCGAUAUUCGUUGUAUUCAGUUCAUGUUCGAUCCCAAUAACGGUUAUGCAACUGAAUAACUAGUUCCAAUCUUGUACGACUUACUGUAAGUUAUACCUUAUUAUAAGGGCUAAUGAAAUUAUUCGGUUGUCGAACUCAAAUUUGUAAGUUUGACAAUUGUAUUUGAAUAUGUAGUGGCAAACGACUCGCUAGUAUAGAUUUUUUUCCUUGAAACUCAAUAUUUAUUUUGAUCUCGUUGUCUCAAUGGACAUAACUAGUUGAUAGCGCUCAGUCAAGCAUCACCAGGUCACAACUCAAAUUAAAAUGCCACUCCUCUACAUAAUCAGUUCAAAAUCCCUACUUCCACUUUUCUAUUAUCAGACGUACUAUUUCUCCGAACAAUCGACCAUUCCAAUUAUUAAAUAUCUCCAAGUUUUGUUUGUUCUUGCUCUGUCCUAACUUGAUUUUUCCAUCUUACAGACAUACACAAGGAGUUGGUACCUUCAUAUCAAUUUGAUAAGCAUUUAAUUGGGUUCAUGGCCACGGAAUUAAGAACAAAUGUAGAAUCAGAAAGAGAGGAACAACCAACUACAGUUGCUGAUGUCAAUCAGCCUCUAUUAAUACGAGGAACUAGCAAUACUCUAACAGUUGAUAAUGAAAAUAAUCUACCUUCUUCUAGUCAUGGUCCAGCAAUCCGAUGGGCUGAAGGUACAGUAGAUAAUGAAUUUUUGGGUAAAAAAAAGUCGAAUUGUUGUUGCAUUUAUGAAAAACCAAGAAAAUGGAAUGAAUCAUCUAGUUCAUCAUCAGAUUAUUCUGAUCAUUCGUCUGAUAAUAACAAUGAUAUAAAUAAACAAAGCACACAUAAAAAUACACAUUGUACAGAACAUUGUCGAGGACAUACAAAACGAUGCUUUCGAAAAAAGAAAAACAAUAAAGAUACAAAUCCUGAAAAUUCUGAAAAACCAACUUCAUCAUCAUCUGACUUCAAUCCAAAUGGUUUAUGUUCAUAA